UGCAAAGCAGUGUGCAUCUGUAAGCAGAAGUUCCAAUCAAACAUGCAAACAUACAUAUUUGUGCAAAGAAAAUUUGGAACAUUUGGAAAGUUACCUCAUCCACACUGAAAACAAUGCUGUGAACCAUUGUGAAAGUGGGAUUGGAUUGACCUUUCAGUCAAAUAUUUCUAAAACUCAGACAUUCAAAAAUGAAGAUAAAAGGCCUAGCAUGUCUCAAUUUGGGAGGUACUUCACAGAGGAGGUGACCCUGCAACAUUACCAGAGUAUUUUCAAUGGAGCUACACUGGCUCAAUACAGUGAAUCUGAGACACAGUCUAACCAGGGCUCUCAUGUUAGCAAACGUCUGAGGACUCUGCAAGAAAACCAUUUUGAAUCUAAUAAAGGUGAGGAAGUGUUUUAUCCAAACUCCAAAUAUACCAAUAGUAAGAGUACACAGAGGGGAGAAAUUACUUCUAAAUAUGAUGAACGUGGGAAAGCUCUGAAGCAGUCCUCCAGUAUUGCUGAUCAUCAGAGGAUUCAUGUGGGUGGAAACCCAUACACAUAUAGUGAAUCUGGGAAAAUGUUUAAUCAAUCAUUAAGCCUAAAUACGUAUAAGACAAGUGGUACUGGAGAGAAAAGGUACAUUGGCAAGGAAUGUGGCAAAACCUUUGACAGGCACUCGACACUAUUUCAACAUCAGCAAACGCAUACUGCAAAGAAAAUUGACAAAUGUGAAGAAGGUGGUCAAACCUUUAAGGAUGGGUCAUCACUCCAUGCAGACAGGCGAAUCUGUACUGCACAGAAACCUUACAAAUGUCAAGAAUGUGGCAAGGCCUUUAGCCAGCAAUCAUUGCUUACUCAGCAUCAAAGAAUCCACACUGGAGAGAAACCUUACAAAUGUCAAGAAUGUGGCAAGGCCUAUAAGCAGCAAUCAUCCCUUACUAAGCAUCACAGAAUACAUACUGGAGAGAAACCUUACAAAUGUCAAGAAUGUGGCAAGGCCUUUAGCCACCGAUCAUCCCUUCCUCAGCAUCACAGAAUACAUACUGGAGAGAAACCUUACAAAUGUCAAGAAUGUGGCAAGGCCUUUAGCCACCGAUCAUCCCUUCUUCAGCAUCACAGAAUACAUACUGGAGAGAAACCUUACAAAUGUCAAGAAUGUGGCAAGGCCUUUAGCCACCGUUCAUCCCUUACUCAGCAUCACAGAAGGCAUACUGGAGAGAAAUCUUACAAAUGUCAAGAAUGUGGCAAGGUCUUUCCCCAGCAAUCAUCCCUUAGUCGACAUCACAGAAUUCAUACUGGAGAGAGACCUUACAACUGUCAAGAAUGUGGCAAAGCCUUUAACCACCCAUCAUCCCUUACUCAGCAUCACAGAAUCCAUACUGGCGAGAAACCUUACCAAUGUCGAGAAUGUGGAAAAGCCUUUAACUGUUCCUCACAACUUACUGAACAUCACAGAAUUCAUACUGGAGAGAAACCCUACAAAUGUAAAGAAUGUGGCAAGGCCUAUAAAGCGUACUCACAGCUUACUCAACAUCACAUAAUUCAUACCGGAGAGAAACCUUACAAAUGUAAAGAAUGUGGUAAGGCCUUUAGCAGAUACUCAACCCUUUCUCAGCAUCACAGAAUCCAUACUGGAGAGAAACCUUACCAAUGUCAAGAAUGUGGUAGAGCCUUUAUGCGGCAAUCAUCCCUUACUCGGCAUCACAGAAUGCAUACGGGAGAGAAACCUUACAAAUGUCAAGAAUGUGGAAAGGUCUUUAGCCAGCGAAGAACACUUACUCAGCAUCAUGUAAUUCAUACUGGAGAGAAACCUUACAAAUGUCAAGUGUGUGGCAAGGUCUUUAGCCAGCAAGCAUCCCUUAGUCAGCAUCAGAGAAUUCAUAGUGGAGAGAAACCUCACAAAUGUCAAGAAUGUGGCAAGGCCUUUAGGUUGAAGUCAAACCUUAAUUACCAUCACAAAAUUCAUACUGGAGAGAAACCUUUCCAAUGUCAACAAUGUGGCAAAGCCUUUAGGAUUAAGUCAAACCUUAAAGUCCAUCACAGAAUUCACACUGGAGAGAAACCUUACCAAUGUCAGAUAUGUGGCAAGGGCUUUACCAAAUGCUCAGAACUUCAUCAACAUCGCAGAAUUCAUACUUGAGCCACCCUUACCAAUGCACCGUGUGCAAAAGGCUUUAAUCACCAAUCAUCCUUUAUUCAAGAUUACAGAAAUCAUCUUGCAGCAAAUGUCACAGAGUUUAAGACUGUGAAGGAAUUUUCCCCCACUUUUUAAAAAGUUUUUCUUCAAUAGAAUGAGUGGGAGGGUGCAGAGGCAGACACACACACAGAAUGAAAAGCAGGUUCCAGGCUCUGAGGUUUUGGCACAGACAGCUCAGAGCCUGAUACAGGGCUCAAACCCAUAAACUGCUAUAUCACGACAUGAGGUGAAGUUGGAUGCUUCACCGACUGAGCCACCCAGGCACCCCAAGACUGUGAGAGAACUUUUAAGGAGGGCUCAACGCUACUCCACAUCACAGAAUCCACCUUGAGGAUUAACGAUACCCAAGUAAACAAUGUGGCAAGAUAACCAAUGCUGAUCCCUGAUUUCUUGUCAGAGAAUGUGUUAUAGAGAUGAUUUUACACAAAAAAAAAGAAUCUGGGAAGCCCUUUAAUGGUGCUCAAGCCUCAUUCCACACCACCAAAUUCAUACUUGAGAGACACCUUACAAUUGUAGAGAAUGUGGUGAAACGUUUCACUUGGCUCAAGCCCUACUCACCAUCACAUUGUUCAUACAUAGGACGAACAUUGCAAAUGUGAUGAAUAUGGCACACCCCUAGGUGGACGUCCUAACUUAUUCAACAUCAUAAUUCCCAUAUCAGAGGAAAUCUCUAAAAUGUAAAUUGAAUGACAAAGCUUUCAGCUGGAAUUCAAUCCUUAUUCAAUAUCUCUAAAUGCAUGCUGAAUUGAAACCAUACAAACCUAAUGCAUGAGGAAAGCCCUUCUUCAUAAAUACACCAUUUGGAAAACAUCAGAGAAUACCAAAAGGAAAGUAAGUUGAAAGAAAAGUACGUUUAAAAAUAUAUGUAACUGAACAUAAAAUGUCAACACGUGUCACAGGAUCACAGCAGAAAGCAAUAAGUCAGUGUAUUCAGACAUUACAUCAAAAUACUUAUUAGAAGGAAUAAUACAAAGUUAAACAUUUAGAUAAUGUAUAUGCUAUUAUGCUUUAAAUGAUAAAAGGGAUGGAUUUUUGCAUAGGUAUAAUCUCAAUAUAUUUACAUUAACCUUAUUUAAGAUUUGUGACUAGUAAACAUCAAUAUACUUCUUAUUCUCAAAUCACUUCAGAAAAUUCAUUUAUUCCUAGUGGGUGUGUGAAUGUACGCGGCUGAGUGUUGCUACAUCAAUGACAUGAGUUCCCUUCUUUCUUAGGUGGGACUCAUACAUAUGUAAUUUUCCAUGGAAGGUGAAGAAGAGUUGAAUCAAAUCUAAGUGGAGAUACUUUCUGUGCCUCUAACCUUGUUGUAAUUAUCAUGAAAGAGGUGUUCAGGACACCAUUGUCCAUUUAUUUCAACUACAAGUGUGUAUUACAAAUAAAAAGUUGUACUAAAUGGUCUUUAAGGGAAAGAGGGUCAGUCCACUGAAAAACGUGAUGCAGGUUCAUCAUAGCAAUAGUUACAAGUACAGAAUAUCAACUGAUGUGAUUGAAAGGAAGAAAUGUUCACAGAUAUCAGAAAGAGAAGAGCAAAACAUUCCUAAGAUGGCUAGGAUUCUACAUUCACAUGUUUGAAGAAUCACCUCAGGCCUGAAAGAAUUUCAGUAGGCAAAAUUAAGCUGUACAUAAUUUAAAAUAGACUGUCAUGUCUUCUGAGUCUUCAUGGUAACCACCAAGCAAAACUGUUAAUUGAUACCCAAAAGAUAAAGAGAGAAGAAUCAAGGUUUACUAUUCUUGAAAAUCAUCAGAUCACAAAGGUAAAGAGAAAAUGGAGAAGAAAGGGAGCAACAAUUCUAAAGUAGCCAGAAAACCAUGAGAAGAAUGACAACAGUAACUCCAUGCCUGGAUCAAUACUUCCUUUAAAUAUAAAGGGACUAAAUUCCCCAAUCAAAAGAUAGAGAUUGGCUGAAUGGAAAGAAAUCCAAGACCCAAUGCUGUGCUGCCUUCAUGGGAUUCCCAUCUGCUUUCAGAACACACUCAGCCUGAAAGUGCAAAUAUUCAAAACGAUAUUGCAUGCCAUUGGAAACCCAAAGAAAUGGGGUAGCUAUGCUUCAGGCAAAAUAGACUUGAAUGCAAGGACUAUAAUAAGACACGGCAAAGGUCAGUAUUAAACAAACGGGUCAGUU